AUGCCCAGCCUAACAUUGCCCGAGUGUGGACACUAUAUCCCGCCUCCGGCCACAGAUGAGGACUUAGAGUUUGCGGACUUGGCUAUCAUCGAUCUUUCCAAGGCCCAUACACCGGAAGGACGGGCAGAGCUCUAUCCACAACUUCGAGAUGCACUGCGCACCUACGGCUUUGUUUAUGCUAUAAAUCAUGGUUAUGAUCAGGCUCAGCGCGAUAGGAUCUUUGACAUAGCUAAUGUCCCUUUCUCUGUUGUCCCUCCGGAUGAAAUGAAGACAUACACCGCAAACAUCGAGAAAGUCGGGUACUAUGCAGGUUUCAAGGGUCGUCAAUACUGGAAAGUCGACACGGAGAACAAUGUUCUCGAUCAGAUUGAGCACUAUGGAAUUAACAAGGACGUCACAAGGCGUCCGCACCCUCAGGCCUUGCGUCCGUUCCUCCCAGAAAUCGAUGCCUUCGCCCAACAUAAUCACUUCAAUGUUAUCCAUCCAAUCCUUCGCUUGAUCGCUUUGAGCCUCGAGUUGCCCGAGGAGACUUUAGUAGAAAAACACAACUUUAACGGCACGGGAGAAUCAUGUGUCAGAUUUAUGAAAUAUUACAGGCGCACGAAGGAAGAGGAGGACAAAUCCAAAAACGUCUGGUUGAAAGGACAUACAGGUAUAAUUUAUUUUACUAUUUGUCCUUAUAUGCCCCUCAACCAUGCAGACGUUGGCAGCAUUACCGUCCUGUGGAGCCAACCUGUCGGAGGCCUGCAAAUUCAGGCUCCCGACGGCAGGUGGAAAUGGGUCCGCCACAUCGAGAACGCUUUGGUCAUCAACACAGGCGAUAUGAUGGAUUUCUUCAGUGGUGGUUACUAUAAGCCCACGAUUCAUCGCGUCGUCCAGCCUCCUGAAGAUCAGCGCAACUACGAUCGUCUGGGCGUAUUCUUCUUCUCGAUGCCAGAUGACAAUGUUCGCUUACUGCCGUGUGUUGAGAGCCCCGUGCUCCACCACUUCGGCAUCCAGCGCCGGUGCGCUGACGAGGACGCCCCACUGUGCGAGGCGUGGAGGAAGGGAAGGACAACGAUGUAUGGUAGGUCUGAUCUCAAGAAAGGAAUGGAGCACAAUGUCGAAGAAGAGGUCAUCGAGGGUAUAGUGGUGAAACAUUACAACUAA